UACGCCCACGCUUCCGCAUCCUCCACGAUGCCUCGUCAUCGUACACCCAGGGCGCGUAUUAGCAAGAUUCGUAUCGCUGCAGCGCGCGUCCGCAGACAGAGAAACGACGUCUCAGUGCCCGCGUGAAGCAGCUUCGCCUCCAAGCUCAGGUAUGGAGAGAGGCGUCCACAUCGUACACCCAAGGCGCAUGUUAGCGAGAUUAGUAUCACUGCGUUUGUACACAGGAAAAGCAAUUGUCUGAUCGCACUUCCCGCGUGAAAAAACUUCCACUCCAAGCUAGAGGGAGAGAGAGAGAGAAAGAGGGAUCCUCAAUCAUCGAAAUCUCCUAUCUGUCUCUCUGUCAUUUUGUAGACGAUUUGCUGGAGGAAUCGGAGACCGGAGAAAUCUCGAUCGUCUUUUGAAUUCCUUCUCAUCUGAGUCGGUAAUUAGGGUUUUCUAUUCUGAAUUUCAGUUCUUUUUUCCUGUUUCCAUGUUUUUGCAAAUGUAGGUUAUUUAUUUAUUUAUUUUUUAAAUCCUAGUAAGAUGGAUUAGAUGGCAUUUUCGUAAAUUGAAGUUGGAGUUUUCUACGAUUUUUUGGGGGAAUUGGUUUAUUAACGACUGGAUUUUCGUAAAAUGGAGUGAUUUUUGUGUUGAUGGAUAUAGAUUUUUGCCAUCUUUUGAUUGAAAUUUGUCAAAUAUUAUUAUUUUGAAUGUUCGAGAUUUUAGGAAGACGUUUGUUACCUCUUUCUAGGCUGAUUCAACACUCUGAUGUGCCACCCGAUUAGACCUAAAACCUCAAAAUUACAUGGUAUGGCCCAACUGAGUUUUGUAAUACUGUGAUUUUUGGGUAAUUCUUUCAUCCUGAUGAGGGAUAACAGAUGAAUGGUUUGGAUGGCAUAUGAACAUCAUGGUGGGCCCUACACUUCUAAUGAUGGACGUCCCAUCCCAACUGUUUCCUAUGAUGUGACCUAUCUGAGUUUUGAAUUAUCGGGAUUUUUGGGUUCAAUGGUUAACAUGAGGCAGCAUACUUGAUGGAUGAGGUGGAUCUCAUGAAAAUGCGGGUCUCGGUUUGCAGAAUUAACCCCAGAGGGCCUUUUUAUGUUUGAGAGUGAAGAGCGCGAAGAAACAAAGCUGAGACUUGAGAAAGGGACUUCAUUAUUAUCUUCGCCUUUAAGGUUUCAAUUUGCAGUAGAAAUAAAUGGGGUCUUUGGGGACUGUAAACGAGUCAAAGGAGUUGAUUGUUACCCAGGUCAGUUUCGGCGGAUUCGAUAAUCAGGUCACUGCAAAGGAGCUCACAGAUUUCUUAGAGCGCGAAAUUGGGCUGGUUUGGAGGUGCAGACUAAAGACUUCUUGGACUCCACCUGAGUCCUACCCGAAUUAUGAUGUCACUGACAUCUCCAACAUCCGAAGGAAUGAUGAUUAUGAUAGGGUUGAGCCUCAUGCCUUCGUGCAUUUUGCCUCUCCCUCAGCGGCAACCCGGGCGUCUGAUGCUGCUGGCCGUUGUGAGCUCAACCUGAAGGGCCGUUUUCUCAAGGUGAAUUGUGGGAGCGAGAGUUCUUUCCGAGUUAACCGGAGGCGGAUAAUGGACCCUUUUAAAUUCUCUGAUGUUCGUGCUGAGAUUGGGGCUCUGUUUAGCAGGGAUGAGUUCUGGGUUGGUUGGAAGGGACCUGAUUCUGGUGUUGAUUUCCUAGUUGAUCCCUUCGAUGGCACCUGCAAGAUCCUUUUCACUAAGGAGACUGCUUUCUCAUUGAAGUCCACAAAAAAACACUCGGUGAUUAAAUGCGAUUUCAAGGUGGAGUUCCUGGUGAGAGAGAUUGCUGAGAUUAAACUGUACAAGGAUAGAGCAGCAUUGUUGAUGCUCUUACAGCUGACUUCAUCUCCUUGUGUUUAUUAUAGAACAGCAGAUGACAACAUCUAUGUCUCUGUUCCAUUUAAUCUGUUAGAUGAUGAGGAUCCAUGGAUCAGGACCACAGAUUUCACCUCCAGCAGAGCCAUUGGAAGGUGUAAUUCUUUCAAAAUCUCUAUAUCGCCUCGCUUUGGAGCUAAGCUGGAGAAGGCCCUGUCAUAUCUAAGGGAACGGAGGAUUUCUGAAUACCAGUCUAAGGGUCCACUCACAGUCCGGGAUGAGCCUGAAUUUGGUGCACCUAUGCCCGAUUCUUUUUUCUGUAUUCAGUAUAAGGAGGGCAUAAGCUUUGACGUGUUGUUCUUGGUAAAUGCAUUGGUCCACAAAGGUAUAUUCAAUCAGCAUCAGUUGUCUGAAGAGUUCUUUGGGUUACUAAGAGACCAGACUGCUGUGGUGAAUAUCACAUCACUGCGGCACAUGCACGCAUACAAGCACCCGGUAUUCGAUGCUUAUAAAAGGCUGAAGCUUGUCCAUGAGUGGUUGUUGAAUAACCCUAAACUUCUCAAGAAAGAGAGAGUUUCUGAUGGUAAUGUUGAAGUGCGGAGGUUGAUCAUAACCCCCACCCAUGCUUACUGUAUCCCUCCAGAGGUAGAGCUUUCUAACAGGGUUCUUCGGCAGUACAAAGAAGUUGCCGAUAGGUUCCUAAGGGUUACUUUCAUGGAUGAAGGCAUGCAAAUGCUGACUUCCAGUGUUCUUUCUAAUUACGUUGCACCUAUUGUGAGGGAUAUGACUUUGAAUCCCUUCCCGCAGAAAACCACGGUGUUUAAAAGGGUGAAGAGCAUUCUGACUGAUGGCUUUUAUCUGUGUGGACGGAAGUACUCUUUUCUGGCAUUCUCAUCAAAUCAGUUGAGGGACCAUUCUGCUUGGUUUUUUGCCAAUGACAAGAAUACAAAUGUGAAUGUAGACACAAUCAAGAGUUGGAUGGGAAGAUUUUAUAACAAAAAUGUUGCGAAAUGUGCAGCAAGGAUGGGGCAAUGUUUCUCGUCGACUUAUGCAACAGUUGAUGUGCCAUCCAAGCAAGUCAACCCAUCACUUCCUGAUAUCGAGCGGAACACGUACGUGUUCUCCGAUGGGAUUGGGAAAAUAACACCUGAUCUAGCUAUGGAGGUGGCAGAGAAAUUGCAACUCACGGUCAACCCCCCUUGUGCCUAUCAAAUCAGAUAUGCUGGUUGCAAGGGUGUCAUAGCAUGCUGGCCUGGAGAUGGCAAUGGGAUCCGGCUCUCACUGAGACCGAGCAUGAGCAAAUUUGUCUCUAACCAUACGACACUUGAAGUUGUCUCAUGGACAAAGUUCCAACCAGGGUUCUUGAACCGACAGAUUGUGACAUUACUUUCAGCGUUGUGUGUUCCUGAUGAUGUGUUUGUGAGAAUGCAGGAUUCAAUGAUUUGUAAGCUUAACCAGAUUCUCGAGAACACUGAUGUGGCAUUCGAGGUCCUUACCACAUCAUGUUCCGAGCAGGCGAACAGUGCUGCCAUGAUGCUGAGUGCUGGUUUCAAGCCUACAACUGAGCCUCAUCUGAGAGGGAUGCUAUCUUGCGUAAGGUCUGCCCAGCUAGGAGACCUUCGGAUGAAAGCAAGGAUAUUUGUUCCUUCAGGAAGAUGGUUGAUGGGCUGCUUGGAUGAACUAGGGGUACUCGAACAUGGCCAGUGCUUUAUCCAAGCAUCGACCCCUUCAUUAGAAAAUUGCUUUAUAAAGCAUGGUUCAAGAUUUUCUGGUGUGACAAAGAACCUAAAAGUAAUCACGGGGAUGGUGGCGAUUACUAAAAACCCUUGUCUUCACCCAGGAGACAUUCGCAUUUUGGAAGCAGUUGAUGUGCCUGGCUUGCGUCAUCUUGUGGAUUGUUUGGUUUUCCCUCAGAAAGGAGAUAGGCCACACGCAAAUGAAGCGUCUGGAAGCGACCUAGAUGGAGAUCUAUACUUUGUUACAUGGGAUGAAAAUCUCAUACCUCCAAGCAAGAGGAGCUGGUUGCCAAUGGAUUAUACCCCUGCAAAAGUUCAAGAGCUGAAACGCGAUGUCACUACUCAGGAUAUAAUUGAUUUCUUCAUGAAAAACAUGGUGAAAGAGAAACUUGGCAUCAUCUGCAAUGCCCAUGUGGUCCAGGCCGAUCUCAGCGAAUAUGGUGCAAUGGAUGAAAAGUGCCUCCAACUGGCAGAGCUGGCAGCAAUGGCUGUUGACUUCCCCAAAACCGGCAAGCUCGUCACAAUGCCGCAGGAACUCAAGCCCAAACUCUACCCAGAAUUCAUGGGCAAAGACGAAUCCCAAUCCUACAAGUCAAACAAGGUGUUGGGCAAGCUCUACAGCAAAAUCAAGGACAUUUCUGAUGAAGAUGUUGCAUCGGAGGAGCAGACAUGUGCCCCUGGCCCUGAAGACAUUCCUUACGACGUAGAUCUCGAAAUCCCAGGAUCGAAAGAUUUUCUCUUCGAUGCAUGGAGCAACAAGUGCUCGUAUGAUGGGCAGUUGAAUGCUCUUCUGGGACAGUACAGGGUGAGCACGGAGGAGGAGCUGGUGACCGGGCACUUUUGGUCAAUGCCGAAAUACAGCAGCCGGAAGCUGGGCGAUCUGAAAGAGAGGCUGAAGCAUGCUUACACUGCCCUCCACAAGGAAUUCAGACGGGCUUUUGAGGAUACUGGACUGUCUCUGCAAGAACAGCAACUCACUGAUGAUGAGAAGAAUAUGUUGUAUGAACAGAAGGCGUCUGCAUGGUACCAAGUAACAUACCACCCAAUGUGGGUCAAUAAAUCUGAGGGUUUGAAGCACAAAGAUGUAGUCAGGACUCCUGUGCGGCUGAGCUUUGCUUGGAUUGCGGCCGACUACUUGGUCCGGCUUAAGGUUAGGUGUCAGGAUGUGCAGAAUCUCAGUACCAACAAGCCAAUUGAUUUCCUUGCAAGUUAUCUUGCUGAUAAAAUUUGACAUGAAGGUAUCAGUUAUUAUUGUUAAUUUUGGUUGGGUUGAUUUUUUGGGCUGUUACAGCAAGGCCACUCUGCCAUUGUUUUUGCUUUUUGAAACAAGUCACAGUAGGGAAAAAAGCACAGAGUUCUCUUCUUUUCUGUAUAGAUCGAUUUGAUUAUGUUGUUGGAACUAUAAUGGGUUUUCUCAAGAUAGGGGGGGAUUUAGUAGGAUUGAGAAUACAAACGCUCCACAGUUGUAUUCUGGUGUUGGAUUUGUAAUUGAAGGAAUUCAAUUGUGUUUUUGGGGAAAUGUAAUUCCUGUUGAUUUGAA